CAUGCUGACUCCGCUACAUUUUCCAGAUUGAAGAUGCUGGACUCAAGUGCGGAAGACAGCCUUAUGUUGAACCCCGACCCUCCGGGCAGAAGAACAUGGCCUCUAGACUGUCACUUCUGCUGGCUGCCGUGGCUUCAGGGGUCUUAGCCAAGGCAGGCCAGUGGCCUGGGAAUUCCAGCCUGUACCAGCUGACCCAGCAGCUCUUACGGAGCUACUCCAAGGGUAUGAGACCUGUCUAGGACUGGACACAACCUACCACUGUGUACCUGGAUCUGCUGGUCUGUGAGGUGCUGGACGUGGAUGCCCAGAAUCAGAAAGUAACGUCCACUGUGUGGUACUUAGAGAUUUGGAAGGAUGAGUUUCUAACCUGGGACAGCAGCCUGUAUGGAGGGAUUGGGGAGAUCUCCGUGCUUCUGAAUGACCUUUGGGCCCCAGACAUCAUCAUCAACAAAUUCAUGAAGGAGGAACAGUCUCCCGAACUGCCCUAUGUUUAUUUAAAUUCUUCGGGGAGGAUAAGGAAACCUAAGCCAAUCCAGGUGGUCUCUGCCUGUGAUCUGGAGACCCAUGCUUUUCCUUUCGAUAUCCAGAACUGCAGCCUGACUUUCAACAGCACCCUGCACAAUGUGAGGGAUGUGGAUCUCGCCUUGCUGAGAAGUGUGGAGGACAUCCAGAACGACAAGCAGACGUUUCUGAACAACAGCGAAUAGGAGCUCCUUGCCCUGCCCGCGGCCUACCGCAGCCUCCCCAGCCAGACUGGAGAUGCCCAGAUUCAGUUUCACGUGGUGAUCCGGUGCCACCCACUGCUCUACAUGGUCAGCCUGUUACUUCCCAGCAUCUUCCUGAUGGUUAUGGACCUGGGCAGCUUCUACCUGCCUCUACACUGUGGCACCCAGAUCAUAUUCAAGACCAGCAUCCUAAUCGGGUACACAGUCUUCAAAGUCAACAUCUCCGAGGAGCUGCCAAAGAGCAUGGCCAGCACCCCACUGAUUGGUGUAUUAUUCACUGUCUGUAUGGCCUUCCUGGUCUUCAGCUUACUCAAGUCCACCCUGCUAGUCCGUUUCCUGCACACGGAGAGGAGCAAGGGGCAGGAACAGCCCCUCUCUUUUCUCCGAGGGAGCCCCGGCUCCAGAAGCUGCAGCCCUAUGGGGAGUGCCCAUCCAGCUGGGAGCCCCCUUGAGGCUCCUGGCAGGAGGGAGCAUGGGGCUGGAGCGGGGGCCAUGGAGGAAGCUCUGGCCCAGCUGCAGUCCAUAGGUCACCACAUCCAGGCCCUGGACUAG